GCCAAGACUCAGCUUUUUGCUCCGAAGAGCCGGCGAGGCCGCACUGUAGCUGGUUAGGUCGCUAUGGCAACCAACGAUAAACACUGUCAGACUUAUGUCAAUAGUGAGAUUGACCUUGAGGAGUAUGCUCGCGUAAUGUACGACGAGACCGUGGUGGUGGAAGCAGGGGAGAUCGAGAGUCCAGUGAAUUCUGAAGAGGAAGCGACCAUGUCGAAGUUCAACCCGCCCGCUCGGCACACGGCGCGACAGGACUUCGAUUCUGAAAGCGAGACGGAUUCGGAGCCUGAAAAGUUUUUGGACAACGAUUCUGAGGAAAAUGAUUCCCCAGACAGGAAAUCAUCGCAUCCUUCGGAGAAGUCCGUGGACAUACUAAAACCGUCGAAGGAGAGCGCCCCGCUCCGGCCGGGAGCUCCGAAAAGGGCGGACUCCUCCAAUUCCGAAUCAGAUAGCGUGGACUUGGAGCCGGAGAAGCCUGACCCCCCCGCGGGCAGCGGCCGCAAGCGCGGCGGCGGGGGCGUGGUGAUCCCCGCCGAAGGAGCGUACGACCCCAAGCAGUACCAGGAUCUGAAAGUGCCACCUGAUAUGGAAAAUAUCUUUCAGUACAUCAUGAAAUACACUCCGCAGAAGAUCGAUAUAGAAUUCCGUCUGCAUCCCUUUGUCCCGGAGUACGUCCCAGCGGUUGGCGAUAUCGACGCUUUCCUGAAAGUAUCAACGCCGGCGGCGAACGUGCGCGCCGCGCCGCUCGCCGAGCAAGUGCUCGAACAUAUCGAUAACUUAGGUCUGACGGUGUUGGACGAGCCGGCGGCCGCUCAGAGCGACUCAGCGCUGCUCCACCUGCAGCUCAGAGCCAUCUCCAAGACAAGCAGCGCCAAGUCCACAGUGUUGACGAAAAAAAUAGAGAACGCGGAGAAGAAUACGAAGGCUAUCGACCGCUGGAUAAAGGACGUGAGCGAGCUGCACCUCUCCAAACCUUCGCCUACCGUCACAUACACCACGAAGACACCAGACAUCGACAGCCUCAUGGAGGAAUGGCCAGAUUCUAUGGAAGAAACACUUAACGACGUGGGUUUCCCGCCAGCGAGCAUCGAUUGUACCCUGUCACAAUAUGUCGACUUGGUCUGCGGUGUGUUUGACAUACCGAUCGCGGGUGACACUUUAAAUGACAGGAUACAGGCGUUACAUUUGCUGUUUAGUCUGUAUUCGGCUGUCAAAAAUUCCCAGUUGUACGUAGAUAGGCAAAAGGAGAAAGCGGAUAGUGUAAGCGUUGAGUAAUUUUAAGUUAGUCUUUAUACCAUACAGU